UAGGUGAUAAUGAGAAGAGGUGAUUUUGCUACACCCCGGGUGGAUUUUGAUCAAGCUUGGAACACGUAUAAAGAAGGUUUUGGAAACCCAGAAGGCGAAUAUUGGAUCGGCAACAAAUAUAUACACUUGCUAACAAGUCAAGGGGAUCAGAUGACACUCCGAGUGAGCCUAGAAUCUUUCGACGGGGACACGGUGGACAUGACUUACGACAGUUUUCAAUUGAGUUCCGAGGAAGAUAACUACAUGCUAAAAAUGGGGAAUUAUUUAGGUCAUCCCGGAUAUCUAGGAACUUCUCUUCGUUACCACCAUCAUCAACCUUUCAGUACCAGGGACCGAAACAAUCAACGAUCUAGGCAGAACUGUGCAGAGGAUUUUAAGGGAGGGUGGUGGUUCACUAGGUGUUAUUCUGCUUUCUUAACUGGAAUAUAUUAUCAACCAGGACCACCUCACCCUCGAAAAGGCAUAAGAUGGAAUGCUUGGAAAGGUAACGCUCCUCUAAAAGGAGCUAAAAUGAUGAUUAGGCCUAUGCAUUUCACACCACACAAGUGAGAUCUUCUUACAAGUAAGUAGUUUAGUGGGCCUUAAAAAAAGUAAUAGUUUAGGAAUUACUAAACAAAAUUCUCCAAGAUUAGUCAUGCAUGUGUAUGUGUGUGUUCACCCUAGCAUGUUAGAGACUUGUGGUGAAUUGCUUUCUGGGCAUUAUGUUAUGGAGAAAAUUCGUACAAUAAACAAAGACAUUUAUAUUCUGCGACAGUCCUCUUCGAAGACAGCUGUUUAAAUAAUAAUAUAUUCUUGUUAUCAUAGUUCUUAAUGGAAAUAUGAGCCAUAUCUUACAAAUGAAUAGUGCUUGUUUUCAGUUAAUAUUUAAAAACAAACAAUCUUGGAAUAAAUAACUAUUAUACCAAGUCUCGUUAUCUCCGGAAGGUUUCGUUUUUAUGCUUUGUAUCUUAAUACCAAAGAAAAAAUCAACUCGAAAUAAAGAAUAGCUCAAACUGUUAUCAGUUCUUGA